AUGACCAUAGCAAAUGCUGCCUUUCUCACAAGAGCUAAAGACUUGACAUACCUACACAUUAAGGGUCACCAAGGCCAUGGAGAAGCCAGUGUUGGAAGAUUUGCUGCCCCAUUCUACUGGGCUUCCCUUCCAAAAGGCAUCCCAGUUCCCCAUUCUGGUCCCUCUCUUGCCAGCAAUGGAUGUGGACCUGUCCCUAAUGACAAAGCAAGCACCUCUGGAAAUGAUGUUUGA